CGGUACGAUGUGAGGGAAGGAAACUGUUCUGAUGCUGUAUUAAAGCGAAAGUACUUGUCUCCGACUCUUCCUUUCGUUUCGGUCAGAAUCGAGAUUUUUCUAAGCUUCAAAAUCGACAGAUCCCACUUCUUUUAUAUAUACUACACCCAUAUGCUUCAUCUUCCACACACCCCUGUUCAAGCAAAAUUUUUCCGCCCACGUUUUUGCCGACCGCAGAAAAUAUUUCGAUCAAAAAUGCUCGCACCCACUCCUACCACUUUACCCCACCCCAAAAUUAUCGAUCGCCCGAGGACAGCACCGAAACUUCGAUCGAAAAAGCUUCGCAAUCGACUUGUGGAAUCGGCAGGACACUACGCCCUCGGAUUCGUUGUAGACAGUAGCCAGAUCUCCACCGGAUUUAUUGCGAAGAAACCUCACGAGCAGAACUACGAAAACAAAAUUUCUCCGAUAAUAUCACCACACAGCGUUCCACAACAGAAUUUGAGCGAAGGAGAUUUGUUGACAGGUCAAAGUAGCAUCAGCAAUUUUAGCAACAUCACGUCUUCGUCUCAACAUAUUUUCCUGCCCUCGACGAGCCGGGCACAGACGUUGUAAAGUCGAAUUUUUUCCAUUCUCCUCUCCUACUACUACUUUGUAUUACCACUACCACCAGAAAAACCUAACCUUUCACCAUGUUUCGCAAGAAGCGGCGAGUCGACACGGGCAAGCGGCAGGGUGUGGAGAGUGACCCGGAGGACGUUCUCGCGAAGCCUGCAGCGGAGGACGCGAAGGCGGGCAGCGACGAGGACGGGAACUACAAUGCGGAGGGCACAGCAGACGUGGUCGACAUGAAGGAGAUCCAGAAGGCCCGAAGGCUUCGCGUGGGCGUCCGCGCCGACGGGACCUCGAAAAGAAAGCACGACGAAAUGGAGGAGAAGAAGUCGGAGGAGGAGAUAUCCAGUGUGAAAACGUCCCCACCCCAGAGUCAAAAUGGGGAUCUCGCAUCACAAAGUGGGAAGUUGUGGGAGCCAAGCAUGACAAAGUCCUCUUUGUAUUGUAGUGCAGUUUAGCAAGUACAGCCGCAAUACAAAUCCAUCUACUCAUCCUGUUUACAGCAUUACAAAGUCCAGAACACGAUUGGCAAUGUUUCUCAUGGGGAUGCGCAUUACAAAUCUUCCUGUAACCGCAAAUCUGCAUUACAAGUGGCCGGGAGAUGAUGGUGAUGGCACUUCGGUGUCCGCCUGACCUACCCCCCCUGCGUGUCAAGCCAUCUGCGGCCUGGGGCAGAGGGGGGGGCAAAGUGUGCUGCAAUUCCUUUAGCAUUACAACUAUGGGGUGGGGACGUUUUUACUCAGGAUAGGAGAACGAAAACGAAAAAGCAGCGAAAAAAGCGCACGUCGAACUGGCGUUCGCAAAGGACGAGCGGGCGAACCAGAAAUCCCGCGAGCAAGAGCACAUGGAGGCCUUCAUUGCCGCAAAACUGGCGGAGGAACGCGGGGAAGCGGUUCCGGAUCCGAACGCCGAUGCCGCGAAGAAGCCCGAGGAUGCGAAGGAGAGCGCGGAGGCGCAACUGUUCGCGAUUCCAGAGCACUUGAAGAUCCAGGGCGGCAUGCAGCUCGACGACAGCGAGAAGAACAUGAACUGGACUCAGGGGCUGGCCGAAGUGGAGGUCUCGACGGAGUUACGCGUGCAGAACAUGAUUGCCGCCGAGGAGGCGAAGAAGAAGGUGCUCGAGAAAAUGGCCGCCCAGGCGCAUCGGGAGGCCCGCAUGCGGCAGGCAAAUCUGAACCCGAACACGCAGAAGCUCGUGGGACAAGUGUACGGAAACCGGUUCCAGGCGGAUUACGUGCCGAAGAACGAGCGGAGCAAGGAAGCAACCGACGACGACGCGGUGCGCCAGUUUCGGCAAAGAACGAAUUUGCGCGCGACCAAUCCGAGCAUCCAGAUGCCGCAGCAGUGA